AUGACUAGAAAGAAGGUGAAGCUUGCUUUCAUUGAGAAUGAUACUGCAAGGAAGACAACUUACAAGAAAAGGAAUAAGGGUUUAUUGAAGAAGGUUGAUGAAAUAUCAACCCUUUGUGGUAUCGAUGCUUGUGCGAUUGUUUAUGGCCCAUACGAUCCUCAACCUGAGAUCUGGCCAUCACCGUCGGGAGUUGAAAAGGUGCUUUUGAAAUUUAAGACAGCGCCUGAGUUUGAUCAAAGCAGAAGGAUGGUGGAUCAAGAGAGUUUUCUCAAACAAAGAAUUUCCAAGGCUGAAAAGCAACUUCAAAAACAACGGGGAGACAACAAAGAAAAAGAGAAAAGCAUGCUCAUGUUUGAGUGUCUCAGUGCUGGGAACAUCGUCCAGAACAAUAUGUCUGUAGGUGAUUUGAAUGAUCUUUGUUGGAUGAUUGAUCAUAAUUUGAGGGUGAUUGGGAGAAGGAUUGAAUCACUUGAUAGUGAAAAUAUAAUUCACCAAAAUCAAAGUGAAAGUCAAGUCAUGGCUGCUCAAAUCCCAAUGGCACAGCCACUGCCACUCCUACCACCACCGCCGCCACCACCAACUGUGUCUGAUAAUAAUGAUGAAAUUGAAAUGAUGAGUAGGUUGGGAUGGAUAUGAAUUAUAAUAUGAUGAUUUUAUUUUUGUAUUUUCUUUUUUGGUGUAUGUGAAGAUUCCAUCAUUGGUCAUUA